UUUACUCUCUGUAAUUAUGCAUGACAUGAUCUCUCUGGAUGGUGCACAAACUAAAGCUUUUCACUGUUUUGUACAUGUGACAACAAUAAAUCAAUAUGAAACUAAUAAAUCCAUGUACCUUGGUUCCCCAAGGCUGAGUAAGUUUAUCAAAUAAAUAGCUUAAAUGUACACUUGAGGAAAGUGAAAUUUUAUCUCCAAUCUAUUGCAUCUCUUAAUCAAAACGUACAAGUGUAUUAGAAUUGGCCUUAGUUCCAUGGAUUCGCAAGGAAAGACUGGUCAGGAUUUUAGUUCUUAAUUGCAAGCUAACAACUUGUUAAGGAUGUCAAAUAAAGAUUGGACGCGACUUUUUGUUGCAUAACUUUUUAUUGCGCACUGUUGAGGCUUAUAAGCAAGUAAUGGAUUUUUAUUUGAGCAAUGGCAUGCUGGCUCUGAUGGAGGAAAACUUGACAAGCUGUAUUAAUGUGGCAAUAUAUUACAAACUUCAACUUUUUUCCCAUCUCUUUGGUGUUAUAACAUUCUGGUUUCUCAUGAUCCUCUUCAGCCUGCUGCCUACUGAUUGUCAGUAGAUGAUGCGAAAACCACGGAGAAGGAUGAGAAAUAAUUGUGGAGGUCGUCGCUCCCCAUCUCCCUAUGGACUUAAAUGUUCUCCAAACAGAGAAACAUUGACUUAUGCUCAAGCACAACGAAUGGUUGAGGUAGACAUUGAUGGCAGACUUCACAGAAUUAGCAUAUUUGAUACCUUAAAGAUCAUCACUGAAGAUGACUUGACUGCUCAAGAAAUUACAGAAUGUAACAGUAAUAAAGAGAAUAGUGAACAACCUCUCUUUCCUUCAAAGUCAAAAAGAACAGUCUGCAAAGACAAAAGGAAAGAGUCAGCCUCGAAACAUUCAGCUGGGCCAUCUGCUGAAUUACCUCAACCAUCUUUUAGAAUUAUUGAUUACAAGCUCCCUGAUGCCCCUCCCCUACCAUCAGCAUACUACAGAUACAUUGAAAAGUCAGUUGAAGAGUUGGAUGGUGAGGUUGAAUAUGAUAUGGAUGAGGAGGAUUAUGCAUGGCUAGAAAUGAUCAAUGAAAAGCGCAAGAGUGAUAUGCUUGGCAUAGUAUCACAAGAAAUAUUUGAGUACCUCAUGGACAAACUGGAAAAAGAAUCCUAUUUUGAAAGCCGGAAUAAAGGCGAUCCCCAAUCUUUAAUUGAUGAAGAUGCAGUUUGUUGCAUUUGUAUGGAUGGUGAGUGUCAGAAUAGCAAUGUAAUCUUAUUUUGUGAUAUCUGCAAUCUUGCUGUACAUCAGGAGUGCUAUGGAGUACCAUAUAUUCCAGAGGGACAAUGGCUUUGCCGCUGCUGUCUGCAGUCUCCUUCUAGGCCUGUUGAUUGUGCUUUAUGUCCAAAUAAUGGUGGUGCAUUUAAACAGACAGAUGAUGGUCGCUGGGCUCACGUAGUUUGUGCUCUAUGGAUACCAGAAGUUUGCUUUGCUAACACAGUGUUCCUGGAGCCAAUAGACAGCAUUGAGAACAUUCCUUCUGCUAGGUGGAAGUUAGUAUGUUAUAUUUGCAAACAAAAAGGUGCUGGUGCCUCUAUUCAGUGUCACAAGGCUAAUUGCUAUACAGCAUUCCAUGUGACCUGUGCUCAGCGGACUGGUUUAUACAUGAAGAUGGAACCAGUACGAGAAACUAGUGCCAAUGGGACAACUUUCAGUGUCCGAAAAACUGCGUAUUGUGAUGUUCACUCCCCGCCAGGGUCAGUAAAAAAGAUUCUUGCAUUGGAUGAUAAUGAGGCGGAGGAAGAAGAAGAGGAUAAAGUAGAAGAUGUUGAGGAUGGAGAGAGUCCAAAGAAAGUGUCACCUAAAAAGACCAAAGCCAAAUCUAAACAGAAAACGAAAAAAAUUAAAAAUCUUCUUGAAGAACGACGUGCAGCAGUACCAGUAGUGACUGUGCCACAGAUACCUACUCACAGGUUGAAUAAAAUAUGCAGUCGAUUAUCGAUCCAGAGGAAAACACAGUUUAUGCAGAGGCUGCAUAAUUACUGGAUGCUGAAAAGGCAGUCACGGAAUGGUGUUCCUUUACUUCGGCGAUUGCAUUCACAUUUACAAACUCAAAGAAAUGCUGAACAGAAAGAACAGGAUGAAAAAAACAGUGCAGUGAAAGAACAAUUGAAAUACUGGCAGAAACUGCGGCAUGAUUUGGAAAGAGCUCGUCUGCUUGUUGAACUGAUUCGCAAAAGAGAGAAGCUCAAGAGAGAAGAGGUCAAAGUUCAGCAAGUUGCAUUGGAACUGCAACUUACACCAUUUAUUGUCUUCUUAAGACAAAUUUUGGAUCAACUUCAGGAAAGAGAUCAAGCAAAUAUAUUUGCACAACCUGUCAGCCUCAAAGAGGUUCCAGAUUAUUUAGAGUUUAUUGCACAUCCUAUGGACUUUUCCACCAUGAGGAAAAAACUAGAAACUCACUGUUACAAAACGCUUGACGAAUUUGAAAAAGAUUUCAAUCUGGUCAUUAACAAUUGUAUGAAAUAUAAUGCUAAGGAAACCAUAUUCUAUCGGGCAGCCGUGAGAUUGAGAGACAUUGGAGGCUCCAUAUUAAGAUGUGCUCGGCGCCAAGCUGAAAAUAUUGGGUAUGACUAUGACACUGGAAUGCAUUUACCAGAAUCACCAAAUCUAGCAAACUUCUACCGCUUCUCUUGGGAAGAUGUGGAUAACAUGCUGAUACCUGAAAACAGAGCUCAUCUGUCACUGGAAGACCAACUGAAAGAGUUGCUAGAUAAAUUGGACAUAACAUGUACCAUGAAGUCAAGUGGAGCCAGAUCAAAGCGAGUAAGAUUGCUGAGGAGAGAGAUCAACAGCAUCAGACAUAAAUUGGCACAACAGCAGCAUCUACAUAAUGGCAACUGUUCUGAAUUAUCAAAGGAAGAUAAUGAGAAAGCAAUGGUUGAAGGCAAUGAGGAAAGCACUGAAAGAGUGGAGAAGGUGCAGAGCAGCACAGCCUGUGCAGAUGCUGAAUCACUCCACCUUCUUUGGAAUUUCCAUGAUUCUAAAUCUUCCCUCCCACCAACAUUAGAACCUACAGGACCAGCACCUUCACCCUCAGACUCUGAAACCCACACAGACCCUCCUACCCUCAAACCUGUGAGUGAAAGCAGGGCACAAAGCAGACUGCACAAACGAAUUAAAUCUGACAGUGAUAUUCUGAACAGAAAAACACUACAAACUGAAGCCCUUGGCGCUCAUACUCUGCAGCGCCUCCUGAGUGACAGUGGAGUAAAUGGUUUAGCUCUCCCUACCUCAGACUCUUCAGCUCAGUCUGUCAAUGAAGUGGGCAGGCGCACCUCUGUUCUUUUUCGGAAAGCGAAAAAUGGAGUAAAGUUACAGAAGGGUUGUGGUCAGCUGAUGGAGAAUGGGGAUAGCCAGCACCAAACAGAACAAUUGGCACUAAAUACUUCAGGGACACUUUCAAAACUACAGAGUUUGCGUCAAUCAAGAAAACGACCCCAAAGUUUGAGCUGCAGCUCAGACAGUGAAAGCGAGAAAUCUCCUUGCACUCCUGCUGAACUAGGGCUUUCUAAUGGCUUUGGAAAGCACACUCAGUUGUCAAAUGCAGAAAGCUACUCAGAUUCUGAGUGUAGUUCCAGUCUUGGAAGCAAUGGGGCAUUUGAUAAUAACAGUGGCAUGUCUCCACCCAAACGUAGCCGAGGGAAACCAGCUCUCGCUCGAGCACAUUGUCUUGACAACGGGAAUGGGGAUGCAUCAUGUGGAGAUUACAGUACAUCAGGGAGAGGAGUCUGGACACCUUUUGAGAAUGAUGCUGUUUUAGAACCUCUAGAACUCGUUUGGGCCAAAUGUAGAGGGUACCCUUCUUAUCCAGCACUAAUCAUAGAUCCGAAUAUGCCUCGAGAUGGAUUAUACCAUAAUGGUGUCCCGAUACCUGUACCUCCACUGGAUGUAGUAAAACUAGGAGAGCAAAUGCACGCUGAAGCUGGAGAGAAGCUUUAUCUAGUUCUGUUUUUUGACAACAAAAGAACAUGGCAGUGGCUUCCUCGUUCAAAGUUACUUCCUCUUGGUAUUGAUGACACAGUGGACAAAUUGAAAAUGAUGGAAGGACGUAAAUCAAGCAUCCGAAAAUCUGUUCAAAUUGCUUAUGACCGAGCAAUGAUCCAUUUGAGCAGAGUACGUGGAGAACAUGGCUUUCUCACCUCAAACUACAUGUGACUGUGAUAAAACAUAACCAAAGUUACGAAAGGAGAUAGUAUGAUGUAACAUCAGGCAUCAAAGAACUUAAUUUCUGCUCAUUGUAAAAACUAAAUUCACUUUCUUUAUUUUUUCAUACUUUUAAGCAGAUCAACACAAAGCCUCCGGUACUGCCAAUUCUUGUAUGACCUUUCUUUGACUUGUUGUCAUGUUUACUUCAUUUAAACAUAAAUCAUUGCUUUAAAUUUACAAAUACCUGUUCAUAGUGUUUAUAAUGCCUUUUGUGUGGACGCCAAGGGGAAGAGAAAACAUGUAUAUAAUUGUAUUAUAUUGUUAUACACUAAAUUAUUCAAGGCUGCAGAUCAGAAUCUUUAGCUUCUCUGUGAUGGUGAUGGGUUUUGUACGCACACACUGUAAUUUAUUUGAGAAACAAUACCAUUUGACGUUUGAAAGUACUUGUUCUGUUAAAAUGCAGUGGACUUGUGACCUGUGUAUACUGUGUAGUUCAACUUUAAAACAUUUUUUAUUGCAUUUUGAUUUUGGUUUUUAAUGUAUUCGGGCUAUUAUAUCAAUGACGUUGACAUACCUAGGGACCUAAAAUUAGCUGCGUGUCCACUGUGAAACACAGGAUGUUCAUGUUGUAUUUAUUGUAGAAAGUAAGAUUAUUUGCUUUCUAGUACUGUUUAUAAGAGCUGUAAUGGUUGAAAAAAAUUGAGAAUUGACAAUUGCAAAACUGUACUUUUACCUCUGAUCUAUUACAAUCCAACUGUCUGAGGCUAUAUUUUCUCUUGAGAAUUAAAUGUGGUGAUCUAGAAA